UCAGGUCUACAGAGAGACUCAGACAGGUUCAGGUCUACAGAGAGUCUCAGACAGGUUCAGGUCUACAGAGAGACUCAGACAGGUUCAGGUCUACAGAGAGACUCAAACAGGUUCAGGUCUACAGAGAGAUGAAGAUGAUGAAGAUGAUGAAGAUGAUGAUGGUCCUCGUCCUCUCUGGUCUCCUCUGUGUCUCAGCUGACGUUCUACAUCAGGACCUUCGUAUCAUCGGCUGUUCAGAGUCUGAUGGAGAGAUGGUGUAUACUCUGGAUGGUGAAGAGAAGUGGUACGCAGACUUCAUCAACAAGAGAGGAGUCGACCCUCAGCCCAGUUUCAUAGAUCAUAUGACCUACCCAGGAGGUUAUGAAUCAGCUGUGGCUAAUCUACAGAUCUGCAGAUCUAACCUGAAGAUAAAACGUAAAGUCUUGAAGGACCUCCCACUGGAGAACGACCCUCCUUCCAGUGUGAUGGUCUACCCCAAAGAAGACGUGGAGCUCAGAGAGAAGAACACCCUCAUCUGUUAUGUGACUGGUUUCUAUCCUGCUCCUGUCAACUUCUACUGGACAAAGAACGGAGAGAACGUCACCCAAGGAACCAGCACCAACGUUCCCUACCCCAACAAAGACGGUUCCUUCAACCAGUUCUCCAGACUGGAGUUCAUCCCACAGCUGGGAGACAUCUACAGCUGUACAGUCAAACAUCUGGCCCUGGACCAACCACUGACCAGAAUCUGGGAUGUGGAGAAGACUCAGCCCGGUAUUGGACCUGCAGUUUUCUGUGGACUGGGUCUGACUGUGGGUCUGCUCGGUGUGGCUGCUGGAACCUUCUUCCUCAUCAAAGGAAACGAGUGCAGCUGAUUGGCUGGGACUGAUGAUGAUGUCAUUAGGGUUAUGUAGAGCAGAUGUGGUACAGAUGUGAGGAGCUGCUUCCUGAAGAUUUAACUGGUUCUUUCUGCUUCAUA